AUGCAGAUCCCAAAACGGUUCUUGCGACCAUUGUUAGGGACGAUCAUAGUGAGAACAUGGGUGGUCGCACGGGGAAUAGAUGUUAAUAACGGAGUGGAGGACACAAGCGACUUGAGUACUGCGUCUGACGCUGGUGUUGUGGCUAUAGUUUCUACUACAAGCUCAACAGGUUUGAGUACGAGCUCUUAUAUGACUACUACUGAUAGCACGACGAGCACUUCCACGAGUACUACAUCUACCGGAAUCACCACGCACACCAUUCAAGUUGGACCAAAGGCAAGCCCACAUGCCUACGUUCCGCACAAUAUCACGGCAAAUGCGGGGGAUAUUGUUGUCUUUGAAUUUUAUCCUACAAAUCACUCUGUCGCCAAGGCAGAUUAUCUUGCGCCAUGCGUGCCAGCCAGCUCGGGUGAAUUUUGGUCUGGAGAAUUUAACAGCUUCACCGAGGAUAAUGGUGAACUGGUUGGUCCAGCUCCAACUUGGUCCAUUACUGUCAACGAUACAGAACCAACAUUUUUCUACUGCACCGCACUAGGAUCCUGUCUCAAAAAUGGAAUGGUAGGCUCUAUAAACGCAAACUCCAGCCAGACUUGGGAAGCACAGUACAAACGCGCACUCACAUAUCCCUACAUGCUACUGCCCGGCGAAUCGAUGCCCGCCGAGACCUCCAGCUCAGAUUCAAGUUCAAGCUCAUCCUCCAGCGGAUCCAGAGCACACAGCCUCAGCACAGGCGCUAUCGCCGGAAUAGUAGUGGCAUGUGUAGCCUUCGUCGGCAUUCUUAUCGCACUCUUCUGGACCCUGGGUCGCAACCGCAUAUACCAGAAAUGGAUGUCCUCCGAAGACGGAAGAACUGAACGAACAGCCCGCUGGGCAUUCUCCCACUCUCACGCCAAGGACGCUCCGCCAAAGCAGAAAAGUAAACUCGAUAACAAUACUGUUGGCUCUAUGGCAGCGCGAUCGGAGCAUAGUCAUUUUUCCAGCCCCCAGCCUAGUAGUUAUAAUUAUGCGAGUCAGGAUCUUAGCCACCGAGUACCUUCGGAGGUGACAAAUACGACUCGCUCCAUGUAUGGGGCUUUGGCGCUGCAGCGUGGUUCGGGGCAGUGGAACUGGGAUGCUGCGCAGCAUCCUCGGAAUCAGCGAGGUCCGACUGAAUUGGAUGCCACUAGUGCGUCACCGCCA